GGGAAGGAGAAGCUCUUCAUGUCUUGGCGUGAGCUGCUUCCCCCCUGGCUGGUGAUCGUGGCGGGACUGACGGGCAUCGUGCUGCUCUGUGUCUCCACCAAAGAUGUGCCCGUGGCCCCACUCAGGACCAAGUAUGGCAUUGUUCUGGAUGCUGGCCCAUCCCGCACCAUCCUGUUCAUCUACCAGUGGACAACCACCAAGGCAAACAAGACCGGGGUGAUCAGAGGGUGCAGUUCCUGUCCUGUGCAAGGUCCAGGAGUCUCCAGCUACUCAGAUUCUCCUCAGAAAGCUGGGAAGAGCUUGGAGCCGUGUUUGAACUGGGCCCAGAAUGAGAUCCCAGCAGAGCAGCACAGCCAAACCCCCCUGUACUUGGGAGCCACCACCAGCAUGAGGCAGCUGAACCUCACCCAUCCCAUCCUCUCUGCCAGUCUCCUUGCAGCUCUGACUGGCACCCUGAAGUCAUCCCCCUUCAGCUUUCAAGGGGCACAAAUCCUGUCCAGCCCAGAGGAAGAAGCAUUCAAUUGGGUUGCUGUUAACUAUGUCCUGGAGAACUUCUUCAAGUACGACUGGCAAGGGCAGCUGGGCCCCUCCAGGAAGGGGACGGCAGGAGUCCUGUCCAUGGGAGGAGCCUCAGCACAGCUCACGUCUGAGCUGGAGGAGAAGCAGGGCCCGGAGGAGGGAGUGAGGCUGCAGCUCUACGGGCAGACACACAGGGUGCGCACCCGGCAGUGCCCCUGCCACGGCACGGAGCAGCUGCGCCGCGGGCUGCUCUCGGUGCUGCUGCAGGAUCAGAGAAGUGCUAAAGCUGUGUCCAAUCCCUGCUGGCCCCUCACCUACUCCCAGCAAGUGCAGUGGCAGUCGGUGCAUGCUGGGCCUUGUGCUGCCAGUGAUGACACACGGGACAUCCCUGGCCCCAAGGAGGUCUUCAACAUCACGGGCUCCAGCAAUCCCACAGCCUGCAUGACCCUCGUGCAAAGCCUGCUCAACUCUUCCUCUUCCUGCAGCUUCUUCAAGCAUUCCCUCAGCAGUGGUCUCAAGCCCCUUCAGACCAGGUUUCUGGUGGUUUCUGAGGCCAUGGACUUCAUGAGAGCAAAGGCACCUUCUCCUGACUUGGGUCAGGCUGUCCAGAGGCUGUGUGGGAUGUCUGUCAAAGAGCUGAUGAGAGAGUCCCAAGCAAGCCUGGAUACACUUGUUGAUUACUGCACUGUGUCUGCCUUCAUCUUCCAUCUCAGUACACGAGGAUACACACUUGACUUUGAGCAGCCUGCUUGGACUGCAUUCCAGAAGAUGGGUGACAGAUCGUCUGGCUGGACUCUUGGGUACCUGCUGAGUCUGACCAGCACCAUGCCCCAGGACAGCCCAAGCUUCCUGAAGGGGAUCGAGCCGGGGGUCUGGUCCCUGCUCCUGAUCCUCUUCGUGGUGCUGCUCAUGGGCUCCUUCAUGCGCAUCUCGUACCGAGUGAUGGCCAAGGAGAGCAGCUCCAGUCACAGGAACAGCAGCGUUUUCGAUGACUGACGGCUUUCUGUGACUCAGGGCUCUCGUCAGAGCACAGUUAGCAGGGUCCAGACAGAAAUCACAGAGGUGUAAGCCACUGGAGGAUGCAAGUGAUUUUUCUGCAGGGCUCCCAGCAACUUGCUGGUACUUGCACUGCUGUAGUUUGAGCCAAUGGAUCCUGCUCCACAGGAAGUCUGUGAUUCCUGGUGGAUGGCAAGCUAUUCAUUCUCCAAACAAGAACAGCCUGCAUGGCUCUUCCUUGGGCUACAGCUGGGAUUACUCAUGUCAGACAUGAAAUGAUGCCUCUGAGCAGGCAGGCCCUGAGCUGUUGUGGAGCUAAUAUUGUAUAAUCCUGUCAGAUCAGAAGAGGUGGUGUCUGAAAAAUAUGCUCUGUCCUCUUCUGUGGCCUCUCUAGAGAUGAUACCUGCAGUAUUGCCAUUAAUGAAGACUGGAAGGGCAUUAAAACAGAGUCAGAAUAUAAAAACUGCUUCCAUGUUCUAGGGAAAAUGCAGGUAUUUUCUGCCUGAUCUGUCUGUGCUUUCUUGUCAGUGAUGAUGGCCACGUGUCCCUUCCAAUGAACACUCCUGCUGACCAGGAAUCCUUCAAAACCAAUCCUUCUUAGUCUUGGCCUCUACAAAAUGUGCAGAGGAUCAAAGGAGAAACAAAGGGCACAGAUGCACAGUUGAGUUUUUGUCUCUCAGCUGAGUCAUGGCCACACAGGGUUAACAUUGCCAAUUUAAACUCUUUAGCAAGGACUCAAAUGAACACAUUUAAUUUCACAUUUGCUAAAGCUGGGCUCACGCUGGGCUGAGGCUCACCUGUUUGUUCAUUUGCACUGACCUGCUUCUCUUGCUGACUCUGGAAGUGUCUCAGCUGACACUGCCCUUUAGACCAGAGCAGACUCAGGAACAGAAGCUUUCCUAAUUGUCACUUUCAUAUUUCACCAUGACCAGAGUUACUUUAUGAUCUAAUAAUCAGGAUUCCCCUGGGACCUGGCAGUCAUUCUGGCUCCUCUGGUCUGCUCUGCACAUCUGAAAGAUGAGGUGCUGUACAAAUUCUGUGUUACUGUGAAGAAAAGGGAUCGAUUCACAAGCACUGUCCUUUGACUAAGGCAUUUAGAGCUCUCUUCUCAACUGCUUCAGAGACUUACAACACACAGACUGUUAAGAGCCUCAGGGACGAGUGUCUCCAAGGCUUUUCAGACCACUUUAAACAGAAAUGUAAAUGCUCACAGAUGCAGUGGUAAGCCUUGCAGGAUUUUUAAAGCUACCAUGGCACCUAAAUCCUUUCAAAUCUGAUUAUUCAUCCCUUGUGCUCCCAACUGAUAAUAUAGGACACAACCCCCCCAUAAUAUUGGGGUAUUCAUGCAUUUUCAGGCCAAUUAAUGAAGGUUUGGAACCUGCCAGUCAAGUUUACAAGGCUGUGGUAACAGACUUAAGCUUCAUAAUCAUUUCUUUGAGUUGCACGUUAGAUAUUUUUAAUUGUAUCAUGUCAUUAAAGAUGUUUUAAUAGACUGUCUGUGUUAUUCUUGGCAAGAGAUCAAAGCAGGGGGGUUAUUGUGAACACAGAAUGUUUCA